AUGGCGGUAGCUGUCCCGAGCAGAAGGCUCGAGGCGCUCGGUGAUCGGGCUCUUGCUGUGUGCGCCGCCGGGGUGCGAGGUGAUGGGACUUCUGGUUCCGGGGCCCUUCAGAACUGGUUUAUAGGGAUGAGAUGUAUGUUCAAUCCAGGUGUUCUCAUAAAGUUAAGGGAUGAAAUGAGCCGUGGCACGACCCGUGACAGAGUCAAGACUCAGUCUCAACAAUGCGGUCAAGCCCGUAAUUCCGUAUAUGCCAAUGACAAUAGCAUUAAAGUGAAUUUCAAUGGCGAAGCAAUGCUGAAGGUGGAGUCGUCUAAAGGGGGAAAAAGGGCGAUGGUUGUGGUUGAAUCAGGCCUUGAAUCUAAGGAUGCUCUGCAUUGGGCACUUUCUCACGCUGUUCAGAGUCAUGACACCAUUGUCCUCCUUCAUGUGACUAAACCCUCCAAACAAGGUGCAACCUGUACGACCAACAGGGCUUAUGAACUUCUUUGCUCCAUGAAAGAACUGUGCGAAACGAGAAGGCUUGAGGUACAAGUUGAGAUAGCAGUGGUGGAAGGAAAAGGAAAAGAGAAAGGUCCAAGAAUAGUGAAAGAGGCAAAGCAGCAGAGGGUUUCACUGUUGGUUUUAGGGCAAAAAAAGCAAUCAAUGGUACAACGACUGUGGACGGUGUGUAGAGGAAGAAGAACCCGCAGUAGGGUUGUGGAGCAUUGCAUCCAGAACGCCAACUGCAUAACGAUUGCAGUGAGGAGGAAGAGCAGGAAAUAUGGUGGGUACAUAAUCACCACCGAGCAGCACAAGAACUUUUGGCUUUUGGCUUAG